GUCGCGUCCCAUUUGUUAGAUUACUAGAACUAACUUGGUGAAAGUUGGAUAGAAAAAACAAUUAAUAAACAAAAUCUUAAAUAAUUAUUAAGAUAGUACUUAACAACAAAGUAAAUUUUAUAUAACAUACAACUAUUUCGACAAAACUUACCAUGAGUUCAGAACAACCAUCCCAAAGUACAACCCAGGCUUCUUCAGCAACAAAAAAAUCAUUUGCCGAGCAGCAAGCGGAACGUAUGAAACGGCUCAGAGAACUCCACAGGCUCAGAAACGAGGCCCGCACCCAUAACCAUCAAGAGGUGGUCGCAGAAGAUGCCAGGAAUAAAAUGCCCGCAAACUGGGAGGCUCGUAAGAGAAGGGCAGAAUGGAUAUUGAAUGAUCAGAAAGAGAGAGAGGAUGCGGCCCAAAAUGGGGAGGAUUACGACAGAACGAAACUUUUAAAUGUGACAGCCCUGGAGGCCGAGAGGUUGGAAAAGAAGAAGAAAAAGAAAAAUCCUGAUCAGGGAUUUUCUGAUUUUGAAGCGGCCACUUUCAGGCAGUAUAAUAGAUUGGUUAAAAAUAUGCCGGCCAAAGAUAUGGAAAGAUAUGAAGAACAAAAAGAGAAAUAUGGAGAAGCAUUCUAUGCCGGUCCCAAUACUAUUGUGCAUGGGUUACAUGAAGACCGACCACAAGCUAUUGACAAUUUAGUCAAGAGUGUUGAAGAUCAAAUUGCUAAAAGAAACAAAUAUUCCAGGAGAAGAAUGCAUAAUGAUGAUGCAGAUAUUGAUUACAUUAAUGAAAGAAAUGCCAAAUUUAAUAAGAAAUUGGACAGAUUUUAUGGGGAGCAUACCGUGGAGAUUAAACAAAAUUUGGAGAGAGGAACUGCUGUGUAAAGUUUUCUAAUUUUGUCUUGGGACAUAUUAUUAUAGAGAAGACCUUAAUUUUAGUUAAUUAAUUUAAUAAGUUAUAGUGUAUAAAUAUAUUGAUUAUCUUGUAUUAAAAAGAGUUUUUUACUUACAA